AUGCCAUCUGCAUGGAUUGCACCAUUUCCUCCAUCAAAGUAUGCAACUGACAAAUUUCACUCUGCCGCAUUCAAACCAGACUCCAAACAAACUGAUCCAUUUCAUCAACGUAUCAGUCCAAGUCUUAUACAAACAACUCCAUUCAAUCUACCCUCCACCACUCUGUCAACUUCUCAUCUAGAUAAACAAAAACGGUCUGCUAAAUCAAAACAGACAUGGUCAUCAGAAAAAUCCGCGGAUCAGCAUGGAACAUCGUUAGUAUGCAGUUUAUCAGCUGAAUUAGCUAGUGUUGGUAAACAGAGAUUUCGAUUAAUCUAUAUAACAGAUCGUUUAUUAGUUGUAAGUUAUCCACCAGAAGCAACUAAAACUGAUCACAAUGAAGGUGCUCGAUGGUUAUGUAGAGCAUUUGAAAAACGUUAUGGUGAAAAUUACAAGAUAUUCAAUUUGUCUGGUUUCACUAAAGAAUUACAUUUUUCAAGUCGAACACCUGUAAUUGAUCUGUUUUGGGCAGGAACACUUGCUCCAGCUUUAGAACAAUUAGUCACAGCAAUUGAUCAGCUUGAUUUUUGGUUACAUAAUCAUGAUAUGCCAUCAACAACAGCAACAACUACAACAAACGAUUUGCAUAGAUCAAAAGAAAAUUAUGAUUUGAAUAAUCGUGUCGCUGUUUUACAUUGUACUGGACCAAAAUGUCUAUUAGCUACAUAUCUGGCUGUUUAUAUAUGUCAGUCGAAAGCGAGAUUUGGUCCGUUGUACGGACAACGACCUGGAUCACCAACUGCACGUGGUUUACAAUGGAAUGAGAAUCGACUAAGAAGAUUUAAACAUGAACUUGUCAUGGGACAUACAAUUUUGAAAAAAUUCUAUGAAGAUAAUUUAGCUCGUGAAUUAAAUCCUUCACAGAAAAGAUAUGUUGGAUAUUUUUCCAGUCUAUUAACUGGUGCUUUAAUAUUACAAGAUCGUUUAGUCUAUUUGCAUGCCAUAGUUUAUCGUGAUUCAUCCAGAGGUCGUUAUCUCGGUCAACCACUUGAAGCAAUACAUGAAAUUAACAAUGAGAAUUCAUUGUACGCUCAACCAGAUGAUCUGUUAACCAGUAGACUACAACAUGUACAUGGUACUGCUGGUCAAACUGUGCUGCAAGAAACAUUGAUACCAUUGAAUCAAAAUAAUAAUUUAUUGUUCAGUGGGAAAAACAAACGACAUGAUUAUGUUGGUUAUCACGAAGAUGAUGAUGAAGAAGAGGAGGAUGAGAUUGAUCAUAUGAGAAGAUGGGAUCAAAUAUUUUCCACUGGAAAUCCAAUGAAUUUAUUUCAACCAACUAUGAUUAAAUCACAUCAAUCGGAUCAAUCACCAAUGAUGACUAAGGCUGAAUUAUCAUCAUCUACAUUUAAAUAUUUACAAACUUUUGUGGAUAGUGAAUGUGGUCUUUUUUUAAAAAUUUAUCAAAAUCUCAAUUUAAUGCAUACUACACGAGUUCUAGCUCAAUUUCAUACAUGUGCAGUGGAUGCAGAAAAAUUAUCUUUUUUCAAAGUCGAUUUAGACGAAGCAUGUGAUAAAAAAAUUUUUCCAUCCACUGGUUGUGUGGAAUUAUAUUUCACAUCACAUAGUGAACUGAUUACAGAGCAUACAGAUAAUAUUGAACGUGGCUGUUACAUAUGGACAACAGCUGAACGUGAAUCGAAUAUUUUAUCGACUAGAAGACGUUUACAUGGUGAAACAUUUCAACAUUCUAUUCCUGAUCAUAAUGUUGAUGUUGAUUAUGAUGAUGAUGAUGAUGAUGGUGUUGCGAAAUAUAUCACUGGUACACAACAACAUGUUGACCAAACAAAUAUUACAUUUCCAAAAUUGUAUACUACAUCGAAACAAGCAUUGCGUAUAUUGAUUACAACACAAGAACAAUUGUUUUGUGGAACUAGUGGAUUAUUUACACAUAGUAUUAGUGAUUCACAAACACCAAUGUGGUCUGCUAAUCAUAAUCAAGAAAUAACUGAUUCAUCCAAACCGAAUCGAUUGAAUUUAAUGCGACAAACAUCGGAUCCACUUAAUCAUCAAAUCAUACGUGGUCGUAGUCCACAAAGUUCCAAUCAAUGGAUCAAUAAUCUGCAAGAUCUUUCACACGCUGCUACUAAUACUACUACCACUACUACUACCUAUCAUCAAAUGCCAUUAUAUCAACAAGCUUUGCUUAGUCCACGAGUAAAAGUUCCACAAAGCAAUCAUAAUUUGCUAUCGAAACAUUUUCAACAAACAUCCGAUUAUACGACGAAUAUGUUAAUGGACACGCAACAACCGUAUCAACAACAAGCGCAAUUGCCCAGUGGACAAAUCUCAGUGAAUCGAUCUAAUUUGGCACAGUUGCAAAGUUUAUAUCAACAACUACUUCAACAACAUCAGCAGUUGUUACAACAACAACAGCAACAGCAACGUCAACAACUCUAUCCAGCACACCAACAACAACAACAACAACCGACUUUGGAUUACGCAACUGGUCAACCAACAGACACUAGUCUUUAUGCAACUGUUCAACGUCCAUCAGCCAAUAUUCCUAGUUCAUUGGUUACAAGUUUACAACGUGUCAUUUUACAACAACAACAACAGCAGCAACAACAACAACAACCACAAACACUACAACAAAUGCAUAUUACUCAAACACAACCGGCUAUGAUUCCUGGUAUGAAUAUGUAUCCACAAGCUACACCAGCCCUACAACCUUUGCCAACACUGAAUCUAUCUAAUCUGUCCACAUCAUCAGCUUUCACAAAUCUUGCACGAGCAUUACUUCCUGCAUCAGUUGCCUAUAAUGUUGUUGGUGAAUCGUUCACUGCACCACCAUCAUUGUCUGGUAGUGGUGGUGGUGGUGGCGCUGCUGCUGCUGCUGCUUCUAUUCCUCCGACACUAUUCCCUAAUCCUCCUAAUUUAAUGCCCAAUUCUAAUUUGUUACUUUCUAAUUUGAGACCAUCAAUUUUCCCACCACAACAUUUAUUACCGAAUCUUCAAAUUCCAUCGGCUAUAGAACAACCACCGUAUUUUUCACCACAGAAUAGAUUAGCCGGUCCAUCCGAUAUAGGUUUAUUUGGUGAUAUUUCACAAACUGACUUAUUAAAUGAUCCAUCUUGGCAAGCUGAACAAAAACGACGCAUAGAUUUACAAAGAACACGUUCCUUGUUGAAUGAACAAGAAAGGAAAUUAUUUGAAGAAUUAAAAAAUAUUCGUAAUCGACGAGCUGGUCUUUCAAAAUUGGAACAAUAUGGACGUCAGAAUGUCGGUGGUAGUGGUGCUGUUGGCAGUUCUGGACUGACACCUUUAGAAAGUUAUCGUCGAGCUACUAAACGUAUAUCGACCAGUGAAGAUGCACGUCUUAGAGGUCGUGCUAGACCUUUAUAUGCAAUCGGUCGAUCUGGGUCAGCUGAUACAGCAAGAGUACCACUUGGAAGUGGAGGUCAUUAUCCGUACGGUGAUACGUAUGGAUCAGAUCUUGAUGAAGAUUCAGCUCUGUUAGCUAUUUUAGAACAACGAUUGUCUAGAAAACCAGACAGUCGACGAAUCUAUUCUGAUUCUGAAAUGGGAUUACAAGAUACGGUAGCAGGCGGCGGUGGUGAUAUUCCAUUACGUAUUGUUGGACAACAACAACGUUCUGGUCAUGUGGUUGAUGGAUCUAGUCAAGCGUUUACUAGUCCUAAUGUACCAGAUCGUUUACAAUCAAUCUAUUAUCCGUAUCAUAAUAUGUAUUUUUAUGAAUAUGACAAUACGUCAUUUUCUGAUAUUAAUGUAUUCUACGGUGAACAAAAUGAUGAGUCGGAAUUAUUCCCAAGACGGCCAAGAAUUCAAGUUGUACAUUCUCCCGUUGAAGCAUCCAGUCAAAUUCCAGGUGGACCAAAUAGAGGUAGAACAUUUUCUGGAUCUCCAACAAUGUAUCAAACUCAAGGACCAUAUCCAACAAAAUCAAGAUUAGCUUACAUAUCUCCGUCAAAACGAUCGCAUUUCUGGGGACAUUCAAGUUAUGAUGAACAAUGGUCGAGACAGCCGGUUGCUGAUGGACCCGCAAUCGAUCGAUCCUCGUGUACUAGUCCAGUACAAACACAUUCUGGUCGUUUACUUCGAUCACCAGUUAGUCCACCAUUUAGAGGUUAUACUCAACGUCCAUCAGAAGUCCUAGAUACAGGCAGUCAAUCAGAUACAGCUAUAAUGGGUGGUUUUGGCAGUCGAGUUUGUUAUCCUGGCACUUCAUAUUCUGCACAUGAUCCAUCUGGCAGACGGCCAUAUAGAGCAAUGCGUGGUAAAGCAACUGAACUGACAAAAAGAAAUCGACCUGUUCAAAUGCCAAUCUAUCGAAGUCCAGAAGAUCAUAAGCCACCCAGGCAAAAGCAACCGAUUUCAGGUGGUUUAGGUGAAGAAUCUGACUCCGUACGACAUUACUUAAUUGAAGGCUUACAAUCAUCAACAACAACACCUUUAUAUCAUACCGUCGGUGUAAGCGGUACACUAUUACCUCCAUCGAAUAUACCAAUGGAUUCCACUGCUUUAAGUGUAAUUCAUGAACCGGUACGAUUACGUGGUUCAUCCAAUGAACCAAUAUUUACUAAUUUAGUGAGUUUAUUAUAUGAGCAUACAAUACAACCGUUAGCAUUACCUUGCCCAUUGAGAUUACCAUUUAAAUCCUCCACACCAAUCAAUAGUCUUCCUUCAUUGAUUGUAUUAACAACAAGAAAUUCCCAUCCGGAUCGAUUAUCACCGGCGACAAUGGUACCGAAAUAUUCUACACAACCUGGAGCUUAUCAUACAGGCCGUGAAAGUCCACAUGAUUUUCAUAAAAUGGACAGAUCUCAAGGUGCUCCAUUGCGACAUCCAGCAGAACCGUUACCUUCAGAUAUGAUGGGAUCGUAUGAAAUGGAGUCCACCUAUAAUCCAAUACAACAACAACAACACCAUCAACAGUCAGGCAUGCCUCCUUCACAGUCGACUCAACAUCAUGCAAUUAGACAAGAUGGUUAUCUUGCACCAUACAGUAGUUCCAAGUCGAAAUCGAAUAAUCGUUCUCCUCCAGCUGUGUAUGAAGGUGAACUAGGACCGUUAGGUCCACCGGAUUCAGGAAGAACAUUCACAUCAAUUUAUUUAGGAAGUAUUGAUACAGAGAAUUUGACAGGUGCUUCAGCAAUACGUAAAGCCGUUGAUGUCCUGUUGGAGAAUGCAGCUCAGGUUAAACAAACUGAAGUAACAAUUCGUGUAUCACAAGAUGGAUUAACCGUUACGGAUAAUUGGAGAAAAUUAUUUUUUCGACGAAACUAUCCAUUUCAUUCGGUAUUAUUUUGUGCAAUUGAUCCUUGUCAAAGAUGUUGGGAAUCACCUGAACUCCGUUCAAUGGGUUUCAAAUCAUCAAUAAUUUUCGGUUUUGUAGCUCGUAAACAGAAUACACGAGAAAAUAUGUGUCAUGUGUUAUGUGAUACACCAGAGUGUAAUGCAACGAUAAUCACUGAUUACAUAAUGCAUCGAUUAAAUGAAUAUUAAAACUAAUUUUAUCUGAUUUAUUGAUUGAUUUCUGAUAUAUACACAAACAUGAUCAACUUCAUUGAUCAAUCUAUAUGUACAUACAUACAUACAUACAUUCAUCCAUAUUGUAUUAUCUCCUCUCUAUAUGAGCAUGACAUAAUAUCCAAUGCUUAUAAACGAACCGUAUUAUCCAAUUGGGAAACAUUCCUAUAAAUCAGAAAACAACCAAAAAACCAAAUGAAAAAAAAUAGUUGAAUUGUAAAAUUUUCUUUACACUUUCCCUGCUCUCACUAUCUUUUUGUGGAGAAAAAAACAUGAAACAAAAACAAAAAAAAACAACUUGUUUUUUUUUGUGACCAAUAAAUAUUUUCAAAUUAUUUUCAGUCUUCCAUUAUGAAAUUUUAAUGAUACAGAGAAAAAAAAAGAAGUCGACAACGGGAUCCUACGGGGAUUUAUCGAUAAUAGAAAAAUAGAAUUAGAAUGCACAGCUGGAUUACUGCAAUCGGACCAAUCAUACCC